CACGUCCUUUGUGCUGCCCCGCCCACUACAAGCUCACAGAUAAAUAUUGCGAGCGGCCACCUUCGUUGGAGAGCGUGUGAUUGUUCGUACCGUAAAGCUGCAUUAUCGUCCGGACCCCUCCCCGAUCCCCGCCCGCCACCACCCUACCUCAACCCCACACACAACCACGCACAUGCGUUUCUCCCUCCCCACCAGCAUGCCGUUCGAGACCUCCCGCCGGGCAGUGCGCGCGUCUGUAAUUCUUGCGCAAGGCGCAGACACUGUCAAGUCGUCGUUUGACGUCUCGUGCGCACUGAGCACCAACCGCGCGUUCACGUCCCCAAGAUGGACUAUUGCAGUGCUCACCCGAUACAUCGAGCUCAAGCAAAUGAAAGGAAAGAGCAAGAGCUACAUCGACGACAAGUUGUUGUCUCUCGAACGCGACUUCCCCCGCCUCUCAGCUGCUUUCGUGUACAUUAGACGCGAGUACGAGCUCCCGCCCUCCCGCCUCGCCGCGACGACGCAGACGCCCUCCAGCUCCGCGUCAACGCCAACAAUCACCACUCCGCGCCUGGAAGAGGACCCCGCGCCGCCGUACCUCGGCGACGUGCCAUCCUACGAGAGCUCGUCGGGGGACAUGGACGAGGGGAUGGAGGUCGACGAGGAGUGGCCUAACGAGAAGAGCCAGGCCGAGGACGAUGGCGGCGGCGACAGCGAGCCAGAUAUGCGCGAGUUUGUCAACGAGGAGGCCCUCGAGGAGGAGAGGUCGUAA